AUGGAAAAAAGCGUUAAGUUACUUUUAUUUAUUAAAAUUGUUACAUUUAUUCUUUUAUGUUGGAUAUGUUAUUUUUACAGUGUUGUGUUUAAUAAACAUUUGGAUGAAAGUUACAAACUUCUAGGAGAAAAAGACAUAAGAAGUUAUCGAUUACUAGCAAAAUUUAAGCAGAAUCAUGUUUCAAGUAUUAUUGGAUUAAAACAUGUUAUUCCAAAUAAUGAACUCAAGGACAAGAAAAUUACAUGUAAUAAUGAAAAAGGGAACAAAGUAAUAUAUGAACAUUUACAUGGAAAUUCAUUAGAUAAUAUAGGAUUCAAUAAACUAGCUAAAAAUAAUAAAUCUUAUAUAUUUGAAACAAAGAAAUAUUCUCAUCUUGAAAAAAAAAUAUUCAAAGAGCUGGAUUAUUUUGAUUUUCUUACAAAUAACAGGAUUAUUACUAAUAGGACUUACAAAAAAAUAACAUGUAAAAAAUAUGCACUACGAUUAGCGUUACCUUUGUUAGGUUUUCUGUUUUUAGUAAUAGCCCUCAUAUUAGAUUAUGGUUUUAAUUGUGGUCUCAGAAAGGGGUUGUUUAAAUUAUUGUUAUUUUCAUUAGGAAGAACACCGUUGGAUCGUUUCUACGGGUACUUGAGGGACUCACCUGUAUUUUCAUUUAUCAAGAAUACAGUUGGUAAAACUGGGGAAACCAAAGAUUUAUAUAUAAGGCCUUUUUUAAAUAUUGUAAUAUAUUUUACAUCCUUCGUUAUAUUGGGUAUAACAAUAAUAUUAGGAAUUGUUUAUUACCAUAGAAAAGUUAAGAAAUAUGAAAAAAUUAAAUACAAGAAAAGAUAA